AUGGGUAUUGUGAAUUGUGCUGUUGUUGGUUGUACUAGAAACUCUCGCCAAAUUGAUAAGUGGAAAAAGAUUUCUUGUGAAAAGCAUACUGGACAGCUGCAUAACAUUUGUGGUUGUGAACCACCAUUUAGACUGUGCUGUUUUCCAGGGGCGAAACAAUAUAAAGACAAACGGAAUGCUUUUAAACCAAGGAGAACUCUUCUUGGAGCUCCAGUUCCUGUUACUUCCUCUGUUAAAAGAAAGAAAACAUGCGAAGCUCCAGUUAUAACAGAGUCACUAGCAACAUCAUCAAACAACAGUGAUAAUAAUAAUAGUAUUAUUCUUUUUUUGUCACCACCAACAUCUUCAGCAAUAAAUUUUCAUGAAAACGACUACAGUUUGUCGGAGAAUCGCUGCAAAAUAAACGAUUGCAAAGUCAAGCUUUUACCCAGAAACAAAAAACAAGCUCCAUUCAGCUGGAAACAAAUCAAGAGUGAUGAUAAAAUGAAUUUCUACACUGGCAUAACCUCUAUUAAAGCUUUCCAUACAAUUUUUCGCUUGUUAUAUCCCUAUGUUCAACAUAUGAAAUAUUGGCAUGGGUCAAAACAAUUCCGAAAAAAAGCAAAAGUUAGAAAUGUCAACUGGCGAUUCCAACCACAGAAAAUGACAAAGAAAGAUGAAUUUUUACUCACAUUGAUGAAACUAAGAUUGGGUCUACUAAAUGAAGAUUUGGCAGAUCGCUUUCAAAUAUCAUGCGCAUUAUGCUCCCAAACUUUUCAAAAAUCGAUACGAUUUCUGAGUGCCACUUUGGGUAAUGCACUGGUCAAAUGGAUACCGAAAGAAGCUGUGUUAGAGCACAUGCCAACAGUGUUUAAAGAGAAGGGUUACACCAAAGUGAGAGUCAUCUUGGAUUGUUUUGAAUCUUUUAUUGAAAGAUCCAAAUCCCUAGAAGCACAAGCCCUGGCUUGGUCAGAUUAUAAACACCAUAAUACCAUUAAAUUCUUUGUUGGCAUUUCACCAACAGGUUACAUAACCUAUUUAUUUUCUUGUUAUGGUGGAAGGACUUCAGAAAAAUUCAUUUAUAAUGACAGUGGCUUUGAAUUGAUGGAGUAUGGUGACGAAGUCAUGGCUGACCGAGGAUUUUAG